GAUAAUUAAAGAGAAAAGGCAAUUAUGGGAAGAUCGCCUUGUUGCGAUGAGAUUGGAGUAAAGAAAGGGCCGUGGACGCCGGAGGAGGACAAGAAGCUGGUGGAGUACAUACAAGAACACGGCCAUGGCAGCUGGAGGAACCUCCCCAAGAACGCCGACCUGAAUCGCUGUGGGAAGAGCUGUCGCCUCCGGUGGACUAAUUAUCUCCGUCCCGAUAUAAAGAGAGGAAAGUUUACAGAGGAAGAAGAGAGGCUCAUCAUCCACCUCCACUCCGUUCUUGGCAACAAGUGGUCAGCAAUAGCGACCAGACUAUCAGGGCGAACAGACAACGAGAUUAAGAACUACUGGAACACACAUCUCAAGAAGAAGCUUCUUUUAAUGGGGAUUGAUCCGGUGACUCACCGUCGCCGGACCAAUCUUGACAUCCUCUCCAACCUCCCCAGCCUCCUUGCAGCCGUCAACCUUGGCAACCUAGCAGCUCCGUCGUGGGACAAUGCGCUGCGUAUUCAGGCGGAUGCAGCACAAUUAGCCAAGGUCCAAAUCAUGCAGAGCCUCAUCCAACAACUAAUGACAUCAAACUCCUCGCUGAGUAUAGACCCGAUGAGCCUCUUGGGCUCGUCGCUGUCCCUCGGAAACAACAACCAGUUUGGUGAUCUCUUGCAGCUCAACCGCCAGCUGGAGGCUGUCCUCAACGGGUCGCUCUCCCUCGCUCAGGAUUCAACUCCUCCGAUAGCGCCAUUGAAUCUUUCAAAUCUGAGCGAUAAUUCGAUGGUUUUCAAUAAUCUGCAAGGUUAUUCUGAGCAAGAAAACGCAUCCAAGGAUCAAAUGAGUGUCAAUACUUACGCUAAUGUUUUGACAGCGACUUCGACCACUCCUUCAUUAGUCUCGGCAUCACCAGAAAAUGUUGUUUCCGAUAAAAUGCAGGAUCAGUCGCAUUCUAAUAAUGAUGUCUCGGCCAACUCUUCGAGCUCGGCCCAGUUUGAAGCCUGGGAAGGGCAUAACAACGAUGAUGAUUUUGGAUGGAAAGAUAUCCUAGAGCAGAUAUCGUGGUCAAACAACAACACCCUGUAGAUGAAAAGGAUAAAGAGAUCAUGGAUUUGUGCAUAGAUGUAAAAGUUUCAGUUUGAAGAAUUGAUGAAUUUGUUACACUUGAGUUUGAAGAGAGUUUUAGCAUCAGAGGUGGCAGCCAAUUAGAACAGAAAAAACCAUUUGUUAUGUACAAAAAGUUAAAUCCAGUGUUCAUAUUAAUA